CUCGUAGUCUCGAAAUCGCGUUGUAAACACUGACACGCGCUCUCUUUCUUCUCGCCACGAUAAUAACAUACGCAACUUAUAUUACGUGAUAGAAACUUAACAUAUAAAAUAUGUUAAAUUCUUUAAUUAAUACAGUAUUGCGUGAAAAAUAUUAAAUUUGUUAAAGCGAAUAAAACAUGAUUAUAAAAUACCAUAUUCUAGUUAUUAGUGCGUGCUCGAUUGUGUUUAACCGUGUUUUUGCAAGUGUUUUUAUGACUGAAAAAGUGAGUGAGGUGCUAUGAAGAAUGAAUAUGAAUAUGAGAGAGAAAAAAGCAGGAAAGACGAAAGUGGCAGGCAACUUAAAGACGAUAUAUUCGAGCAUCAACAGUAUCAAAAUAUCGACGUGGUUACAUUAGAAAAAUUACAAACCAAAGUCAAAAAUAUACAAAUUGACAUGUUAGGAAUGCAGCAAAUAUUUGAGGAAAUGUGUAACAAGAUUUCCGGGACACCUAUAAAAGAGAAAGAACCAGAAGAAGCUACAUCGGAAGAAGAUCAAAAUAAUUUAGCAAGAACGAGUAUUGCCACACAACAAAACACUAAAGAUGUUGCCAAGGUUAACGUAACCGAUAAUUAUAGACUACGCAGAGAACAACUGGAUAAAGAACAAAUGAGUGACAGUAGGCCGAGUGAGAUCGACAAUGAAAAGAAUGAGCUGAUGAACAAAUAUCUUCAGUUUGACGAGAUAAUGUACCAGGAUGAGAUUAUAAGAAUUAGGAAUCAAAUAUUAGAUUAUUGGAAGAGAUAUCGUUACAUGCAAAUAGAAGUACAGAUCGCUAUGCAAACAGAAUAUUUCACUAAUAUAAUUAGUCUGAUCAACAAUCUUUUGCAACGUGAGGACAAAGUGCUGAAGUUGAAGAUUCACAGGGAAGAAAUUAGAACAAAAGUGAGAACGUUUGACGUCGAGUUGAUUAAUACGUCGCGUGAAAUCGAUCAUGAAAAGUGCAAGCUACUGAUAGACAACAAUUAUCUUCACUUUGUCGAAAUGAUACGCCAGGAAGAAAUUAAAAGAAUUUUUGUUCAACUCCAAACGUAUUGCGACAAAUACAAUAUGCCAGAUGAAGAAGUAGAUCUCAUUAAGUAUGAAGAUUUCAUCAUGCAGAGAAUUGAACAAAUAAAAAAUAUUUUAAAUCUGAGUGGACGAGUAAUGGACUUUAACCUUCAGAUAGAGCGAGAGGCAACGAAUAUAGAAACGAAUAACGGCGGAACAUCCAAUAUGCCCAGCAACGCUGAUAAUUUAAAGAAUAAGUUGCUGAAGAACAAUGAUUAUCUUUGGUACAUCGUAAAGGCGCAUCAGAGAGCGAUUAAUAGACUUUGCGCUGAACUUGAAAGCUAUUGCAACGAUGAUUACGAUCGGGCAAUUCAUUACGAAUAUUAUUUCGAUAUGGAUAGAUUCGAUGUGGAACAUAACGUUGAGGAGACCAAUAACGUGCUGAGUAACACUGAAGAAGAGCUGAAGAGGGACAACGAAAAUCUUCGGUCUUUUGCAGUGGUGUUUAAAGAAGACUUUUUUAAAAUUUAUGAUCAACUUCAAAUGUAUUACAGCAAAUACGAGGCGCCAAAUGACAACGUGACGAUUGUUAUGCAUACGGAAGCAUAUGACCCUACGAAAACUGAUGACGAAGAAAACGAGCUGAAGAAGGACAACGAAUAUCUCGCGUUUGUCGCAAUGAUGCAUCUGGAAAAAAUUAGGGAAAUUUUUUUUCUCAUGGACACAUUUUGCAUUAGAUUCUUUGAUGCAGUUGAAAAUAUUACUCAGGCUGACUCUUUCUUGCAGCAGCAAGUGUAUGUGACUAAGGAAAUUUCUGACAUAAAUUGCCAGAUAUGUAUACAGAGGUUGUUAUUGAACAAGAUGGCGGAGUCGUAUCAAAUAAAAUUGCGCUAAUUGUUGAGUUUAUAUAAAUGACUUACCGAGAAAACGGCAAAAUAUAGAAACUGAAAGCGAGAUGACUUAUUACUCAUUAACGUAACAAAUCAAAUGCUAUCAUUCAUUGCUUUAAUAAUUAUAGCAAUAAACAGAACGUAAUUAUAAAUAUUUUGGGAAAUA